AUGGCUUCAACUACCAAAGACUCAGAUUUCGCAUAUUUAGAGCACAUUCAACAAUACCUUCUUUGUGAUGAUUCCAGCCUUCUAACAUCUCAUCAACCUUUUCCAAGUCCUAAAAGUGACAGUGCUUCAGGCAAAUCUGUGGAGGUGGGUGACGUAAGUGCACCACCACCGUCUUGGAAGCGGUACAAGGGCGUGAGGCGUAGACCAUGGGGGAAGUUUGCGGCAGAGAUCAGAGAUCCUAAAAAGAAUGGUGCUAGGGUUUGGCUUGGAACUUAUGUGACAGAGGAAGAAGCAGCUUUGGCCUAUGACAAAGCUGCUUUCAAAAUGCGUGGCCGAAAAGCUAAGGUUAAUUUUCCUCAUCUCAUUGGCUCUGACAUGUCUACGUCAGAGCCAGAGAGAGAGGUGGUUUUGAAACGGGACUCGCCCGAACCUUCUUCGUCAGAGGGAAGUUGUGAGUCAUCGUCAUCGGGAACAAAGAGGAGGAGAGGCAUGGCUGACCUACUUAACAAAUUAGCCAAGAAUAAAAGUCAAGCUAUGGUGGUUGAGAAUGAGAAUUCCUUAGAAGCAAAUGAUUUUGAGCAAUGGGUGAAUGAGUUGAGUGAUUGCGCUCUAAUCUGGAGCUCCUAG